GACAGCGAUGCCACGCUCUAAACGCAGGCUUCAUUCGAGGUCCGGGUCCAGGUCGUCUGUCGGCGGCCGGUACGAGGAGAAGCGUUUGAAACAUACAGAGUCCGGCGACUGCUAUAAGAGUGCGAGGAUAUCGAACACAAGCUCGUCCCGCAGAAAACGCAAGCGUUCGGAAGAGUCGCAUCAUCAGCGCAGUGUCGGUUCCACUGGUGGCAGUCACAGGAAGAACAGAUAUCGGGAAGACAAAACAUCGCGGCGUCAUGAGCAUCGGACGUCUCGGAAGGACAGAGAGCGAGAGCGUGAACGGGAACGAGAACGAGACCGGGAACGUGAUCGAGAGCGCGAACGGGAACGAGACCGAGAAAGAGAACGUGAGCGAGAACGAGAGCGCGAACGUGAACGAGAUCGUGAUCGAGAUCGAGAACGCGAUCGAGAUCGGGAGCAUAGAACCGAUGCUACAAGAAAACACAGCCCCAUCAAGAAUGAUUCUCAUGGGCAUUUGAUCUACCAACCUGGUGACAUAGUUCAUAAUAGAUACAAACUGUUAUCUACCCUAGGUGAAGGUACUUUCGGUCGUGUCGUUAAAGCGAAGGACAUAGACAAGGAACACAUAAUCGCAUUGAAAAUCAUACGAAACGUAGAUAAGUAUCGGAAGACGGCCAAAUUGGAAAUCAAUGUGCUGGAAGAGAUCAUAGCCAAAGACCCAUCCGGGCGUCAUCUGUGCAUCUUGAUGCUGGACUGGUUCGAUUACCACGGGCACAUAUGUAUAGCAUUCGAGAUGCUAGGCCAGAGUGUGUAUGACUUCAUGAAAGACAAUAAGUAUCAACCGUUUCCCAUGGAGCAAGUGCGUCACAUGUCCUAUCAGCUAUGCUUUGCCGUGAACUUUUUACACAGCAUCAAGCUCACACACACUGAUUUGAAACCAGAAAACGUGCUGUUUGUAAAUUCGGAAUUCACGCCAGUGGUGAGCAGAACCACGAGAAAGAAUCGAGAACUACGCCACGUCAAUUGCACUGACAUUCGGCUAAUCGAUUUCGGUAAUGCCAUUUUCGAUCACGAGUACCACAGCACGAUUGUGUCGACGAGACACUACCGAGCACCGGAGGUGAUAUUGGAGCUAGGAUGGGCUCAGCCAUGCGAUGUGUGGUCGAUCGGGUGUAUAAUAUACGAACUGUACCUUGGCAUAACGCUGUUCCAAACGCACGAUAACCGAGAGCAUCUAGCCAUGAUGGAACGCAUACUGGGGCCGAUACCGUACCACAUGGCAAAAAAGACGCCAACACGGUACUUUCCCCACGGGAAGUUAGACUGGGACGAGAAAACUUCCGAGGCGCGAUAUGUACUGCAGAAUUGUAAACCCCUUGCACACAGUGCCAUGUCCGACGCGCCGGAGCAUAUGCAGAUGUUCGAUCUUAUUGCGAAGAUGCUAGAGUAUGACCCAAAAGACCGAAUCACGUUGGAGGAAGCGCUAGAUCAUCCGUUCUUUGCGAAGCUACCCGCGCAUCAGCGACUGCACCAACACCGAUAUACCAGCGAUAAAAGUAUGUCUUCUUCUGUGCCGCCGAGCAGUUCACGAGACUUCUCGCAUAGUCUGUCAAGAUGAAAAGAUGAGCAUGCGCUACUGUUGCUGCUGCUGGUG